AUGGCGUUGCUUCCUAUUCGUUUUCAUGAACAUCUUCAGCUCACCAAUGUCGGUAUUCGUCCGCAAAACAUUUGCUUUGCAAAUGUUACUAUGGAAUCGGAUAAGUUCAUCGUUGUCCGCGAGAUGAUCGGAGACUCUCAGCAAGUGGUUAUUAUCGAUCUCGCAGAUCCGGCGAAUCCGCAAAGACGACCAAUCUCCGCCGAUUCAGUUAUUAUGCAUCCCACUGCGAAAAUCAUCGCUCUCAAAUCGGGUAAAACACUUCAAAUCUUCAACAUCGAGCUGAAAGCGAAAGUGAAAGCUCAUCAGAAUGCUGAAGAUAUCAUAUUCUGGAAAUGGAUCAACGAAAAGACGAUUGCUUUGGUUAGCGAAACCGCUGUGUACCAUUGGUCUAUCGAAGGAGAAGCUGCACCGACGAAAAUGUUCGAUCGACAUCAGUCCCUUGCCGGUAGUCAAAUAAUCAACUAUCGCGCAGAUGCAGAUUGUAAAUGGCUCGUAUUGGUAGGAAUUGCGGCCAAGGAGAACCGAGUUGUGGGCAGCAUGCAGUUGUACAGUACCGAACGAAAGGUUUCCCAGCCCAUUGAAGGACAUGCGGCAGCGUUCGUUCGCUUCAAGAUGGACGGCAAUCCACAUCCAUCCAACCUGUUCUGUUUCUCUGUUAAGAAUGAAGCUGGUGGCAAGCUUCAUGUCAUCGAAGUGGGAUCGCCUCCAGCAGGUAACCAACCAUUCCCCAAGAAAGCCGUCGAUGUUCCAUACACUGCUGAGACUGCUAACGAUUUCCCAGUGUCCAUGCAGGCGUCAUCAAAGCACGGCAUCAUCUACUUGGUAACGAAACAUGGCCUCGUUCAUCUGUAUGACAUGGAAUCGGGUUCACGUAUUUAUUCAAAUCGCAUUUCUACUGAUACUGUUUUUGUCACUUGCGAAUACAUCGCUACUGGUGGCAUUAUGGGCAUUAAUAGAAAGGGACAAGUGCUUUCCGUCUCAAUUGACGAAAAUAACAUGAUCCCAUUCGUAACACAACAGCUACAGAAUCCCGAUUUGGCUCUGAGACUUGCAGUGCGGUGUGACUUGCCAGGUGCUGAGGAGCUAUUUGUACGUAAAUUCAAUCUUCUAUUCGGAAAUGGUCAAUAUGGAGAAGCCGCUAAGGUUGCUGCUACUGCUCCACAGGGUAUUCUGCGAACGCCACAAACCAUCCAAAAAUUCCAACAGUGCCCGGCAAAUCCUGGUGGUGGUGCUUCGCCUUUACUACAGUACUUCGGUAUUCUUCUCGACCAAGGAAAACUGAACAAAUACGAAACGCUCGAAUUGUGUCGACCUGUUUUGGCUCAAGGUCGAAAAGAGUUGUUGAGCAAAUGGCUAAACGAUCAAAAACUAGAGUGCUGUGAAGAAUUGGGAGAUCUUGUUCGUCCUUACGACCCAACUGUUGCCUUGUCGAUCUACCUCCGAGGAAAUGUUCCACAUAAGGUGGUACAAUGCUUCGCUGAAACUGGCCAAUUCGAUAAAAUUAUCCUUUACGCUAAACGCGUUGGAUUUGAACCGGACUAUCUUUUCCAACUGAGACAGAUUCUUCGUUCCGGAAAUCAAGAGGCUGGUGCAAAAUUCGCUCAAAUGUUAGUUGCCGAAAGUGAAAAUGGCGAGCCAUUGGCCGACUUAAAUCAAAUUAUCGAUUGCUUCAUGGAGGUACAAGCAGUGCAACCAUGUACGUCAUUCCUUCUCGAAGUGCUGAAAGGAGACAAGCCGGAAGAAGGUCACCUACAGACGCGCUUGCUUGAAAUGAAUCUUUUGGCUGCUCCACAGGUUGCUGACGCUAUUCUCGGCAACAAAAUGUUCAGUCACUACGAUCGACCACAAAUCGGACAGCUUUGUGAAAAAGCGGGCCUACUACAACGUGCUCUUGAACACUUUACUGAUCUAUACGAUAUCAAGCGUACUGUUGUGCAUACUACUCACUUCAAACCCGACUGGCUGGUCAACUACUUUGGUUCGUUGUCCGUCGAUGACUCGCUUGAAUGCCUCAAGGCCAUGCUCACUCAGAACAUUCGCCAGAAUCUUCAGGUUGUUGUGCAAAUUGCAUCAAAAUACCAUGAACAACUAGGAACUGACAAGCUAAUCGAUAUGUUUGAAACCCACAAGAGUUACGAAGGAUUGUUCUAUUUCCUCGGAUCGAUCGUCAACUUCAGUCAGGAUCCAGAAGUUCACUUCAAGUACAUUCAAGCAGCCACUCGAACCGGACAGAUCAAAGAGGUGGAACGCAUUUGCCGCGAGUCGAAUUGCUACGAUGCGGAACGUGUUAAAAACUUCCUCAAGGAGGCAAAGCUUGCAGAUCAGUUACCUCUGAUCAUCGUCUGCGAUCGACAUGACAUGGUUCAUGAUCUUGUACUGUACUUGUACAGAAAUCAGCUCCAAAAAUACAUCGAAGUAUUUGUACAGAAGGUUAAUGCUGCACGUCUACCUAUUGUAGUGGGAGGUUUGCUUGAUGUUGACUGUUCCGAGGAUGCGAUCAAGCAAUUGAUCCUUAACACUCGUGGAAAAUUCGACAUCGAUGAGUUGGUCGCAGAGGUGGAGAAGAGAAAUAGACUGAAGCUGUUGUCACACUGGCUUGAGACUCGUGUGCAGGAAGGAGCUACCGAUGCAGCAACUCACAAUGCUAUGGCAAAGAUCUACAUAGAUGCUAACAAUAACCCGGACAGGUUCCUAAGGGAAAACCCGUAUUACGAUAGUCGAGUGGUUGGGAAGUACUGUGAAAAACGUGACCCUCAUUUCGCCUUCCUUGCUUACGAACGUGGCCAGUGCGAUGCAGAACUGAUUGCUGUCUGCAACGAGAAUUCACUGUUCAAAAACCUUGCUCGGUAUCUUGUGCGAAGACGUGAUUACGGGCUUUGGGAGCAAGUUCUAAAUGAGGAAAACCAGUACAGAAGGCAGUUGAUAGAUCAAGUAGUACAAACUGCUCUGUCUGAAACCCAAGAUCCUGAAGACAUAUCAGCCACAGUGAAGGCGUUUAUGGCAGCUGACCUGCCAAAUGAGCUUAUUGAACUGCUUGAAAAGAUAGUGCUUGACAACUCCGCGUUCUCGGAACACCGUAACCUACAGAACCUGUUGAUUUUGACUGCAAUGAGGGCUGAUCGUUCACGUGUCAUGGAAUACAUCCAAAAACUGGAUAACUAUGAUGCACCCGACAUUGCGAACAUUGCUAUUUCUAGCGAAUUAUACGAAGAAGCAUUCGCAAUUUUCAAGAAGUUCGAUGUGAACAAUAGCGCCAUUAAUGUGCUCAUUGAUAACAUUGCAAAUUUGGAUCGAGCUUAUGAGUUCGCUGAAAAAUGCAACCAGUCGGAUGUGUGGGCAAGCUUGGCCAAAGCUCAGCUGAGGCAAGACAUGGUCAAGGAAGCUGUGGACUCGUUCAUAAGAGCAGAUGAUCCAGGAGCCUACAUGGAAGUUGUGAGCAAGUGCUCUCAAACUGAACACUGGGAGGAUCUGGUGCGCUUCUUGCAAAUGGCUCGGAAGAAGUCCCGAGAGUCAUACAUCGAGACUGAACUUGUCUACGCGCUAGCCAAAACCGGCCGCCUUUCCGAGCUUGAAGAUUUCAUCUCAGGACCAAAUCAUGCUCAAAUUGGACAGAUUGGUGACCGUUGUUUCGAUAAUGGGAUGUUUGAAGCGGCAAAGAUUCUGUUCAACAACAUUUCGAAUUUCGCGAAAUUGUCGGUGACAUUAGUUCGACUUGGAGAGUACCAAGGUGCCGUGGAUGCUGCAAGGAAAGCAAACAGCACCAAGACAUGGAAACAGGUCUGCUUUGCCUGCGUGGAAAAUGGCGAGUUCCGUUUGGCCCAGAUGUGUGGUUUGCAUAUCGUGGUUCACGCCGAUGAACUUGAGGAGCUCAACAACUUCUACCAAGAUCGCGGCCAUUUCGAAGAGCUCAUUGGUCUUCUCGAGGCUGCUCUUGGAUUGGAACGUGCUCACAUGGGAAUGUUCACCGAGCUAGCAAUUCUUUACAGUAAAUAUAAGCCAGAAAAGAUGCGUGAACAUCUUGAGCUGUUCUGGAGUCGCGUCAACAUCCCGAAAGUUCUGCGAGCGGCUGAACAAGCACAUUUGUGGGCUGAGUUGGUGUUUCUGUACGAUAAGUACGAAGAGUACGACAAUGCUGCGUUGACGAUGAUGCAACAUCCAACGGAAUCGUGGCGAGAGCAACAUUUCAAAGAAGUUAUUGCGAAAGUUGCGAACGUCGAACUGUACUAUAAGGCGAUGCAGUUCUAUUUGGACUACAAGCCACUGCUCAUCAAUGACCUUUUGGCAGUUCUUUCUCCACGACUUGACCAUUCACGAACAGUGCAAUUCUUCUCGAAACUGAAGCAUAUCCCGUUGAUCAAACCGUACCUAAAACAGGUGCAAAACCUUAACAAUAAGGCGAUCAAUGAAGCACUCAAUCAGCUCCUCAUCGAUGAGGAGGAUCACGCUGGUUUGCGGUCUUCGAUCGAUUCGCAUGAUAACUUCGAUAACAUUUCAUUGGCUCAACAAUUGGAGAAUCAUCCACUGGUCGAGUUCCGACGAAUUUCCGCCUAUCUGUUCAAGGGUAAUAAUCGAUGGAAGCAGUCCAUUGAGUUGUGCAAGAAAGAUAAGCUCUACAAGGAUGCUAUGGAAUAUGCUGCUGAAUCGAGGAGUAGUGAGUUGGCGGAAGAAUUAAUUGCAUUCUUUUUGGAAGAACGGCUUUACGAGUGCUUCGCUGCCGCACUUUACCACUGCUACGACCUUCUCCACCCUCAUGUGAUCCUUGAAUUGGCGUGGAAAAACAAAAUCACCGACUACGCCAUGCCCUACAUGGUUCAAGUGUUCCGGGACUUCCAGAUUCGCCUGGAGCGCCUAGAACGAGCUGACGCGGAGAGGAAGGACGAACAACGUGAACAACAACAACAAAAUGGGAUGACGAUGGAGCCGCAGUUGAUGCUUACGUAUGGCGGCGCACCGAUGCCACCGAUAGGUUAUGGCCCACCGCCGAACCCAUACGUGCAGCCCCAGUACGUUCCACAGCCGCCGCAUCCUGGACCCCCUGGGCAUUUCAUGUAG